AUGAAGCUCAAACUCGAGCUGGUGCCGGCCGCCGGUGACAAGCUCGUGCUCAAGCUCUCUCCUCCGCCGCCGCCGCUUGCUGACAAGCAGGCUUGUGCUUUCGCGCACGUUUGUGGCGUCAAGGUCGACGUCAAGGCCGCGCCCAAGCCCGCAGUGGACACGGCCAAGCCCGACGGCGAUGUGGACGAGAUCUACUUGUCGUCGCCGCCGUCGCACCUCGGAGCCGAGGCGUGCGGCAUCAAGUCCGCCGCCGCCGAGGAGCUCGCCGCCAAGUCCGCCGCCGCCGAGGAGGACGCCGAGUCGGCCACCGAGGAGGCGACCGCCGAGGAGGCGGCCACCAAGAAGGCGACCACCGAGGAGGCAGCCGCCAAGUCCGCCACCGAGGGGGAGUCCGAGGAGGCAGCCACCGAGGAGUCCGCCGCCGAGGAGUCCGCCACUGAGGAGGCCGUCGUCGCCGAGGAGUCCGCCACCAAGUCUGCCGCCGCCGAGAAGUCCGCCACCAAGUCCGCCGCCGCCGAGGAGUCCGCCGCCAAGUCCGCCGCCGCCGAGAAGUCCGCCGCCAAGUCCGCCGCCGCCGAGGAGGCCGCCGCCAAGUCUGCCGCCGCCGAGGAGUCCGCCACCAAGUCCGCCGCCGCCGAGGAGUCCGCCACCAAGUCUGCCGCCGCCGAGAAGUCCGCCACCAAGUCCGCCGCCGCCGAGGAGUCCGCCGCCAAGUCCGCCGCCGCCGAGAAGUCCGCCGCCAAGUCCGCCGCCGCCGAGGAGGCCGCCGCCAAGUCCGCCGCCGCCGAGGAGUCCGCCACCAAGUCCGCCGCCGCCGAGGAGUCCGCUACCAAGUCCGCCGCCACCGAGGAGUGCGCCACCAAGUCCGCCGCCGAGAAGUCCGCCACCAAGUCCGCCGCCGCCGAGGAGUCCGCCACCAAGUCCGCCGCCGCCGAGGAGUCCGCCGCCAAGUCCGCCGCCGCCGAGGAGUCCGCCACCAAGUCCGCCGCCGCCGAGGAGGCCGCCACCAAGUCCGCCGCCGCCGAGGAGUCCGCCGCCAAGUCCGCCGCCGCCGAGGAGUCCGCCGCCAAGUCCGCCGCCGAGGAGGCCGCCACCAAGUCCGCCGCCGCCGAGGAGGCCGCCACCAAGUCCGCCGCCGAGGAGUCUGCCACCAAGUCCGCCGCCGCCGAGGUGUCCGCCGCCGCGGAGGCAGUCGCCGAGGAGGCGCCCGUCGCCGAGCGGGCCGUCGCCGAGGAGGCUGCAAAGGAG